CGCUGAGAUCAGUCUGUUCAAACGUGUUUGUGUAUGUGUGUGUGUGUGUACUGUAUAUGAGGGACAAGUGAAUCCUAGGACUGGACUGGACUGGGAGCAAGCUCUCCCAGUUCAGUGGCUUCCCCCACAAGGACUUCAGUUGGUUACCAGCGAUGCGAGAGAAUUGUGCUAAAACAUGUUUCAUCCUAACAACCGUUAAAACCCUCUUGCCUUUUAAAGGAUCAGCAAAUAACAACGAGCAACCCUCGGGCUCUGCUGAUGUUCACAAUGUCUGGAAAUAAACGUUAAUUCGUGCUGUCAGUACACAACUCCGACGCGCUUCUCUUGAGUGGGGACCACCAUCAGACCAUGGGUGAAAAUGAUAAUGACAAAACCAGCCAAGCUGGACAGCUCUUUGAGAACUUUGUUCAAGCCCCGACAUUUAAAGGCACACUGCAGGCAUUCCACAUCCUCUGCCGUUAUCUGGACCUUGACCCUUUAGAUCAUCAGAUGUUCUACUCCGUGCUGAAGUCAAAAGUCAACACAUGGAAAGCGAAGGCGCUUUGGAGCAAGCUGGACAAACAUGCCAACCACAAGGAAUACAAGAAGGGCAAAGCCUGCACCAACACACAGUGUUUGAUAAUCGGAGCAGGUCCUUGUGGUCUACGCACCAGCAUUGAACUGGCUUUCCUGGGCUGCAAAGUGGUGGUGAUAGAGAAGAGGGAGACCUUUGCCAGAAAUAAUGUCUUGCACUUGUGGCCAUACACCAUUCAUGACCUGCGUUCUCUGGCUGCGAAGAAAUUUUAUGGCAAGUUCUGUGCAGGAGCAAUAGAUCACAUUAGUAUUCGGCAGCUACAGCUCAUACUGGUUAAAGUAGCAUUAUUACUCGGUGUGGAGAUCCAAGUGAACGUGGAGUUUGUGCAGUUACUGGAGCCCUCCGAGGAUCAGGAAAGCCCAAGACCAGGAUGGCGAGCAGAGGUGCGGCCCAGUGAUCACCCCGUCUCAGACUUUACCUUCGAUGUUAUUGUUGGUGCAGAUGGGCGAAGGAGCAGUUUACAAGGCUUUAGAAGAAAAGAGUUCCGUGGGAAACUGGCCAUCGCCAUCACUGCCAACUUCAUCAACCGAAACACAACAGCCGAGGCAAAAGUCGAGGAAAUUAGCGGCGUCGCUUUCAUCUUCAAUCAGAAAUUCUUCCAGGAUUUGAAGGAGGAAACAGGAAUUGAUCUGGAGAAUAUUGUUUAUUAUAAGGAUAAUACCCAUUACUUUGUAAUGACAGCAAAAAAACAGAGCUUGCUGGACAAAGGAGUGAUUGUCAAUGAUUAUGUAGAUACAGAAAUGCUUCUGUGUAGUGAGAACGUCAACCAGGAGGCCCUCUUGUCCUAUGCCAGAGAGGCGGCUGACUUUGCCACCAAUUACCAGCUCCCUGCUUUGGACUUUGCAAUGAACCAUAAUGACCAGCCCGAUGUGGCCAUGUUUGACUUUACCUGCAUGUAUGCUUCGGAGAAUGCUGCAUUAAUCCGAGAGAGAUGUGGGUAUCGGCUGUUGGUAGCUCUCGUUGGAGACAGUCUGUUAGAGCCAUUCUGGCCAAUGGGAACUGGUUGUGCCCGUGGAUUCCUGGCAGCUUUAGACACAGCAUGGAUGGUGAAGAGGUGGGCAGAGAACAUACCAUCUCUGGAGAUCUUGGUAGAAAGAGAAAGCAUUUAUCGACUGCUACCUCAAACCACACCAGAAAACAUCAACAAGAACUUUGACCAGUACACGAUUGAUCCAGGGACACGAUACCCCAACCUCAACUCAAGCUGUGUCCAAUCUCACCAGGUUCGUGAGCUGUACAUCACAACUGAUCUGAAGAACUGUCCACUAGAAAGAGUAAACUCCAUGCGAAAAUCUAUCAAAGUGUCACGUCGAGAGUCGGAGGUGCGUCCCAAUAGGCUUUUAACCUGGUGCCAGAAGCAAACCGAGAAUUACCAGAAUGUGGCAGUCACUGACUUGACCAGCUCCUGGAAGAAUGGCCUAGCUUUGUGUGCAAUCAUACAUCACUUCUGUCCGCAACUAAUUGAUUUUGAUGCACUGAAUGAAGAGGAUGCUGCCAAAAACAACCAGCUGGCCUUUGAUGUAGCAGAACGUGAGUUUGGGAUCUCUCCAGUCACCACAGGGAAGGAGAUGGCUUCGGUCAGUGAGCCCGACAAGCUCAGCAUGGUCAUGUAUCUCUCCAAGUUCUAUGAGUACUUCCGAGGAAAACCACGCUCGACUUCCUCAACGUUAUUCAGGCAGGAUAGCAACAAAAUGCCUGCACCUCCAGCCAGGCAGCCAAAUUCAAUCUUCAACGGUGUCAACUUGUUGCAAAGGAAACGGACACCAAAGCAUGAAAAGAAAAGUGAAGACAGUGAUGCCACUAGUAAGAGGAGAAAAAAGACUGACAUGCUGUCACAAGAGGAGGCGAAUCCCAAAAUGGACGGGAACGAAACAAGACGUGCUGGGAACCAAAACAAAGUGAAGUCAAUGGCCACGCAGUUGUUAGCAAAGUUUGAGGAGAAUGCUCCAAGCUCCUCACUCCGGAGGCAGAUGUCUGUGCCUUCCUGUGCCACAAAACCACCACUGCCCGUGCCUCCCAAUGGUCACACAAACCCUCGCUUUCUUAAACCCGAGGACCAAGGCAGGGCUGUUCUCUGUUCACGGAAAACGAAGUCUGACCUGGUGGUCAAUGCUGAGCAAGUAAUCAAAGAAGCAAAAUAUAUUAAGAAAGUUGAGAGUCAGGCAGGGGCUUCUAAACGUCUGACUGUAUCUCCUCACUCUGCUUUCGCCCUUUCUGGUGUUCUCCAACGUCUUCAACGUUUGGAAGAAAAGCUCGACCAGAAGAAAACUCUGUCUCUCGCACAAGGUGACGUCCCCUUUAGCAGGAAGAGUAUAAAGGAGCGAGGAGCACAUCUGACUGCCCUGUUUGGGGGCAGGACUCUCAAGCAACAGGUGCCUCUGUCCGAUGCAAGCUCAUCUCAUUGUCUCUCCAACACCUCUCGCUCCACCCAUGACUCUGCUUCUCCUUCGUUGUCUACCAUGGCUCACCCAGCCGAUCCUCCAACACAGAUACGUAGUGUGAAGGCAGCAGCCAUUAACUUGGAAAAGAUGUUUUUAAGCAGUAAGGACCAAUCCAGUAGCCAGAUCAAGACUGAAGCAGAGGUAUCUACACAUGAUGAGUCUCGUGUUGUAGUCUGCCAUUCAAGUGAAAGCAAAUCCUCUCAAUCUCCAAACUCCAGUCAGCACUGUCCCACUCAGAUGACAGUGGGGAAGGUAUCGUCUGUAAUCGGUGCAAUGGCAGAAAUUUUGGUCACACUUUACCAGACUGAUCACAGGCCAAAAGGAGCAGUAACCUCGCUUGACUUGGGGUCCCUGCGGAAAGAAUUCCCCCAGAAUCUUGGAGGCAGUGACAUCUGCUACUUCUGCAAAAAGCGUGUUUAUGUCAUGGAGCGACUGAGUGCAGAUGGUAAAUUCUUCCACCGAGAAUGCUUCAAGUGUGACUUCUGCUCGAUCACACUGCGGCUCGGAGCCUAUGCUUUCAGUGUGGAGGAAGGAAAGUUUUACUGCAAACCUCACUUUACUUACUGUAAACUGAAUAACAAGGCAAGGAAGAGGCGGAAUCAUACAACAAUGUCAACACACAGAAAGGGUGAAAUUUGGAAACACGUGCUCGCACAAAGGGUGAUGGAAGUUCAAAACUCUCUUCUGCAAAUAAGUGAGACGGUGCUUCUGAAUAAAUUGGAUGGUGAGGCUUUGAUGAGUGCCGAAAACUCUUGCAACGUUAGCUCUUCGCCUGACAAGCCCCCAGACUCCACAUACCUUUAAAGGAUGAGAAUCAAAGGCUAUUUAAUCCCAAUUCAUCUGAAAAAGGUUUAACAGAAGGGUUCCUAUUUCAUAACAGAAUGCAAAUAAGGCAAAUGUUUGUGAAUACGUUUUUUAAGAAAACUGUUUUUUUUUAAGUUUCACAAUCAGUCCUGUAUUUUGCACAUGAUGGAAUGUGUCAAGAUUUAUUUAUGAAACCCAAGCCUGUAAGCGUAUAAUAAAUUAAAAUAGAUGCUUUGUAAAGUA